AUGUCUAAUUGGUCUAUUUAAAAGCUCGUUUGGGGAAAUAUAAUAACAUUUUUACACUAAAUAUUGACACCAUGACCACAACGUGACCCGCAGUAAACAAAUUGAUCCGCUUGUGCCGAGAUGGAAGAAAAAGGCAAGGACUAUGAGGAGCGCAGGGGCCGUGGACGUGGACGUGGGCGAGGCCGACCCAGGGGCCGUGCCAAGGCUCCUCCCCGGGGGCUGCGCGUCAAGAAGAGGAACAUGAUUGAGAGCGAGGAGGAGGAGGAGGAGCCAAUACCCGACGAGAAUGAGCCCCCAAAGGCAAAGCAAUAUGACCAAGACUGUGACAUUUCCUCCCUGGAGGCCCCCACUUUCACCACGCUGGACCGAGGACCACCGGCACCCAUGCUGCACCUCUCUUGGGACCACCGUGUCAACCUCAUUGGGGAGAAAGUGCUCUCGCCACGCAUCCACAUCUGUGAUGCCUGCAACAAGCCCAUCCUCAUCUACGGAAGAAUGAUCCCCUGCAAGCAUGUGUUCUGCCUGUGGUGUGCCCGGAGUGAAGACCGGGUGUGUGCACGCUGUGGGGAGCGCGUGGCCCGGGUGGAGCAGACAGGCCUGGGCACUGUCUUCAUGUGCAACUACACCAUCAACAAGGCAGUGUGCAAGCGCACUUACCUGUCUCAGAGGGACCUACAGGCACACAUCGACCACCGCCACAUGAAGAUGUCAGGGACCGGUGGAGCCCCAAAGGAAGACAUCAAGGAGGAGCGUCUCAGCCACCGCGAUCCCCGUGGGGAAGGGAGAGAUUCUCGAGGGGAUCCAAGGGGCGACAUGCGGCAAGACCCUCGCUCCAUGACUGACCCCAGGAUUGGCAAGGAAGGUUACGAACACCGAGAUUCAUACUCUGCUGCCUCUCAAUUUUCACGUCAAGGGUCGGGGCAGUUUGGCAGCAGUAAUAACCACCCUCAGCCCCACCAGUCACCCUCCAGCCACCAGGGGUCAUCCCACAACAUCUCUCUCAUCCCAGUCAUGACCUCAUCCCGCACCAACCUCAUCACCGUGCCCCUCCAGGACCCCCCAGAGCACACUUCUUCCCAUUCUCCUUUUCCCCAUCCCAGCCCAACACAUCCACCGCCUUCGCACCUCCCGCCAACACAUCCACCUCCGUCACACUCCUUCACCAGCCCUCCACCAGCUCACUCCCAGACCCAGCCCUACUCCGGUACCUUCACCGCCCCGUACAACACUCACAGCACUCACAACACACACAGCACUCACAACACACACAGCACUCACAACACCCACAACACACACAGCACUCACAACACACACAGCACUCACAACACACACAAUACCCACAACACUCACAACACCCACAGCACCCAGUCAGCCCAGUACACGUACCCCCCGAUCCCUGCCACAGCGCCACAGCAGAGCCACACCGUGCCCCCACCCCUGUAUUCGAACGUGGCUCCCACCGUGCCGCCCCCUACCACGUACGGCAACCGCCCCCAGUACGAGGGCCAGUAUGGAACAGCCCAGUGGUCAACCCCCCCGCCCCAGGCAGCCCCUUCCCACCAGUCGGCCCCUUCCCUCCACCAUUCCUCGCUCUCUUCGGUGCAGUCUUCUCAGUACUACAGGAAGAAUUUCUGAGAAAUUCUAACUGGAGGGGUGGAGGUCCUUCAAAUAAUUAACUUCAUCAGACAAAUGACCUCGCAGUAAAGCUUAUCUUUCAAGGUAAUCUGCAUUUACUCCAUAACCCCCUCCAUGGUGUAGUGGUUAACUAUGAAUAUGUAGCCCAGGACAGCCAGUGCCCAGCUGUUCAUCCUUUCUGGUUGACUGAUAAAUGGGUGCCUGGGAAAGGCAAACUGUGGUAACCAGGAUGUCACACAUGCCCUGGGUCUGAGAGUACUGGGUUCUUCUUAUCCACCACAGGCUCAAGGGUGAGUGAGACCAAGAUGAGCACAGAGGCAAUGCACAGCUUAGUGUAUGCCCCAAACUUUGUUUUUAUUAUUCUGAACCAGUAUAGAAUGUAAAUGGGUAAGUUGGGCCUGUGUGGUGUGACAUUAUUGUCUCCUCUCUGUACUCUUAGCCAGAUUCUUCACUGAAUCUGCUUGCAGUGUAUAAAAUUCUGCAGCUGUAAAUAUUUUCUGGUUAGCCACUGCAGGAUUUAAAUGAGAAUAAGUUCUAGAUACUAAGUGUCAAUUUGCUUAUCAGUUUAUGUAAUUAUUCUUAGAGUAUAUAUAUAUUUUUUAAGCAGUAGUGUAUUUUUAUUAAGAAUAUUUUGAAAUAUUGCUGAAUAACUAAUCCACACAUUCACUUGUUAGUAUGUAUUAAAUUACAUACUAAAAUUGUCUUUGAAAUUUGACAUGUCUCCCAAACACAUUCCCUCCUCAGUCAUUAAAAACUGAAAGACAAUCAAGAAUGACCAAACAUCAUACAUACGGUGCAAUACCUGUUCAGACUUUUACAAAUUUUCUCAUUUGCCAAUUCACUAUAUCCACCAUGUAACCUAUGUAUGAAAACAUAAAAAUUGGCAUGUGGACUUGCUUAAUUACUAGCAUAACUUAGCCCUAGAUAACCUGUAAUGUACCAUUUUAAAUAUUGUUGAUGUGUUUUCCUGUGAACAAUUCCUUUAUGUAUGGAACUUCUGUGCUUUGUUAGCAUUGAUUUAACCUGUGCUUUAUAAUUAACUGUUUGUGUCAGCCAGGUCUUGACAUAGUGUAAUUCAGUGUUCAAUGGCUUGUUGCAUCAUUAUAAUUAUAGGGAAGAUUCUCUAGGGUGUAUUCAUCUGGGAUCCUAUAAAGUACAAUAAACAAAAAUAUUUUGA